GUCAGAUAGUACACAAAUUUACCAGAGUGAAUCCGCAAUUUAGGACUCUGAAUUUCCAAACUUCAAACCCCACAUUGGGGCACCAGCAUAAACAUCUAAGCGAACCCCCUUUUCCCCGUUCAGCCAGGCUCCAGUAGACGAGAAAUGUUGCAGAGCAUUCUUUUCAUCUAGCCUGAAAUAACUUGAAACCGCCUUAUUAUUUUGUUUAUUUUGACAGUUCGAAACAACUAACCGAAAGCGAUAGAACAUCAAAGGCAGUUAUUUUAGAAAUUCUAGACAUUCUUGGAACUAACUUCGCUCAUAGAAAGAAUCGAAUCUCUCCCACUUUUCUUAUCCACCGGAAAUACCCUUUCAGCCAGAAUCUACCCACCAAUCAUGAUCCCUGUUUCGACAUCCAAAGUCAAGCACACCAAAUGCCUUAGUUCGUGAAUAACGUUACAUGGUGUAGUCGGAAUAGUGUUUGUUACCCAUUCAAGACACAUCUUUCAGGCUUAAGAAGGUUCCCCGUUAUCUCUAUCACUUUGGAGCACUUUUGGUAAAGAAUGACGAAUGUCGGAUAUAUUAUCUCGGAGGUUACAUAAGUAGUACAGAAUGAGUUUGGUGAAUACCUGAGAUUGGUUGGGUGAGAGAUGUCUCAUGAGAUAGGUUAGCUUUGGUGAAAGUUUAGGGUCAUGCCAUGCCGGGUAAAGAGUGCCGGUACCUCAUAUCCUGUUUAUCUACGAUACUCAACGUCUUCUGGAUGGAGUUGAUAAUGCUUUAAUUGAUUUCAAUGACCACGCUUUCUAUCUGAAAUUGCACUCCAUCUUUAACAAGCCCGGUGUUCUCCAAGGUCCAACCAGAAUAUUAAAAAGCAUAGCCUCAGCCUCAUUCUUGUUAUCUUUGAAAGAUAAUACAAAACUGAAGUGGCGUAUCCGCGAGACUCGUUAUCUCAAAAUGGGUUCUGUAACAGAUACCUCAAAUCUAACCCUACCACCAUACCCUCUUCAUCCCUCUAUCAAAGAUAAACACGAUCCAGUGUAUGCCACAUUCUACAACAAACAUAUACUCAAUACUCAACCCGUCCACUUGCAACCUGUUUCGGCGUCCAGAGCAAGCGGGGUUUUGAUACCAGGCGGAGGGAAACUGUUGGAAGUGGGCAACAAAGAGGAUAUUUUGAUUGGAAGAGAAAGUAGUGAGGGCCCAGAUGUUGAUUGUAGGGUUUUUACCCCUGAGGGAGUCGCUCCGCAUGAAGGAUGGCCAUUGAUGAUAUAUUUUCAUGGUGGUGGGUGGGUUUUAGGCAAUAAAGAGACGGAGAACACGGUUUGUACGAAUUUGUGUGUGAGAAGUAGAUGUGUGGUUGUUACCGUGGAUUAUCGGUAUGUAUCACAUCUCAUGAGCAGCACAAAUCGGUAAAUGGGAUACUUGAUCUGCUUUGCUGAACAAGUCACAGUUUGGCUCCCGAGAAUCCAUAUCCAGCCGCCGUUCAUGAUUCCUGGGAAGCGACGUUUUAUUUUCUCACUACCAGUAUCCAGAGAUUCAAUCUAAAUCCAUCUAUGGUAGCAAUCGGUGGCUCAUCAGCUGGUGGAAAUUUAACAGCUGUAAUGACACAUCGACUUCUCACUUACAAUGCUUUGCACCCCGAAAAACCUCUACCCUCUUUCAAAGCACAACUUCUGAUCGUCCCGGUGACGGAUAAUACGGCCUCAAUACACAAUAAUGCUUCCUGGCUAGAAAAUGAAAUGACGCCCGCACUACCAGCUCAGAAGAUGACGUGGUUUCAAAAUCAUUAUCUUCCAGAUGAGGGGGCAUGGGCCGAACCGGAAGCCAGUCCCCUAUUAUACGGCGAUGAUGCUGAUGAUAUGAAAAAUAGGUGGUCAAGGCUACCAAGGGCUCUGGUUGUAGUCGGAGAGCUGGAUGUCUUGAGAGAUGAAGGCAUGAGAUAUGCAGAAAGAUUGAGGGAAAAUGAGGUCAAUGUGAAGUUGGAAAUUAUGAAGGGAAUGCCUCAUCCAUUUCUGGCGAUGGAUGAAGCAUUGCAGCAAGGACGGGAUACCAUCCAUCUCAUGGUUGAUUUGUUGAAUGAUGUGUUUCGAAUGGAGUAGUAGGACUUGAUUUAUUGUAUUUAGUGAUGACCGUGGAAGCCGCUUCACAUUUUUCCUUCUUCUGAUGACCAUAUUAUCGUGGUACUCUUAAAAAGAGCUGCUUCUUUUAACAUAGGACUUUUAGGAACUCUCACUCAUACUAGAUUGUAACAUCGAACCUUCUCC